AUGUGUGACUUCCUGAUUCCUAUAUCUUGGCAGAAUCAGAUCUCUGGAGACCUCCAAACCAAAGAGUGUACAGAUAAACAGCUAGUUAAUGUUCUGUUCUGCUCCAGAUUGAUAGUGUGUAAAAAGAGCAUUAAUGUUCUGUUUUGUUCCAGGCUGAUAGUGUGUAAAAAGAGCGUUAAUGUUCUUUUCUGCUCCAGGUUGAUAUGUGUAAGAAAGAGUUUUAAUGUUCUGUUCUGCUCCAGGCUGAUAGUGUGUAAAAAGAGCGUUAAUGUUCUGUUCUGCUCCAGGCUGAUAGUGUGUAAAAAGAGCGUUAAUAUUCUCUUCUUAUCCAGGCUGAUAGUGUGUAAAAAGAGCGUUAAUGUUCUGUUUUGUUCCAGGCUGAUAGUGUGUAAAAAGAGCGUUAAUGUUCUUUUCUGCUCCAGGUUGAUAGUGUGUAAAAAGAGCGUUAAUGUUCUGUUCUGCUCCAGGCUGAUAGUGUGUAAAAAGAGCAUUAAUGUUCUGUUAUGCUCCAGGCUGAUAGUGCGUAAAAAGAGUGUUAAUGUUCUGUUCCAGGCUGAUAAUGCAUAAAAAGAGUGUUAAUGUUCUGUUCCAGGCUGAUAAUGCGUAAAUAGAGCGUUAAUGUUCUGUUCUGCUCCAGUCUGAUAGUGCAUAAAAAGAGCGUUAAUGUUCUGUUCCAGUCUGAUAGUGUGUAAAAAGAGCGUUAAUGUUCUGUUCUG